GGUUAUAAUCGUUUUAGUUACCAUCUCUCUUUUGUGUCUCUAUAACAUAUCAUAACGUAAAGAGAGAAAGGGAAAGAAAAGAGAGAUGGAGAAGCUUAGAUGCUUAACCCACCUCUUUGUGACGGUGUUCUUGGCGGCGUUUUCUGGCUACGUCGUGAUGCCGGCAAUAACGGAUGUUACAAUGGAAGCACUUUGUCCUGGCAAAGAUGAAUGUUCUCUUGCAAUUUAUCUCUCUGGUUUUCAACAGGCUGUAUCAGGAAUAGGAUCAGUAGUGAUGACUCCAUUGCUAGGUAAUUUAUCAGACAUGUAUGGCAGAAAAGCACUCCUGACACUUCCUUUGACACUCUAUAUCCUUCCGCACGUGGUAUUGGCAUAUAGCAGGGAAAGAAGCUUCUUUUACGCCUACUACGUGCUAAAGACAGUGGCAUCCAUGAUAUGCGAGGGCACUAUAAAUUGCCUUUCUCUUGCUUACGUAGCAGACAAAAUUCCACAGGGAAAACGAGCAUCAGCAUUUGGUGUACUUGCAGGGGUUACUUCUGCUGCAUUUGUCUGUGGUACAUUAACAGCGAGGUUUCUUCCUACAGCACAAACAUUCCAGGCUGCUGCAGUUUCAAGCAUGGCUGCUGCAGCUUACAUGAGAAUUUUCCUAAAAGAAACAACGCCAGAAACCGAUGCUUCAACUCAGCCACUCCUGAAAUCAGAACCAAGUAGUUCUUCAGAUGAAAAUUUGUCAAAGAAAGUUCAAAUUUUCAAGAAAAUCCCGAACUUUCAUGAUGUCAAGAGCUUACUAGGAAGCAGCAAAAUAUUCUCACAGGUCGCAGUUAUGGUGUUAUUCCAUAGCCUCGCUGAAGGUGGUCUGCAUGCCUCAUUAAUGUACUUCCUGAAAGCAGAGUUUCACUUCAGCAAGAACCAGUUUGCAAACCUAAUGCUGAUAGUUGGUGUUGCUGGAAUGGUCUCACAGCUAGUUUUGAUGCCCAUGCUGCUGUCAGUAACAGGGGAGGAGUGGUUGCUAAGGAUUGGGCUCUUAGUGGCCAGCACGAAUAUGAUUCUUAACAGCAUUGCUUGGAAUGUAUGGGUCAUCUAUGCAGUAGCCGGCUUAUCAGUCUUCGUCAUCUUCACAACUCCAUGCAUGCGAAGCAUUGCUUCCAAACAAGUAGGAGCCUGUGAGCAGGGUAAGGCUCAAGGAUGCAUCUCGGGGAUAGGUUCAUUUGCCAAUAUCAUUUCUCCAUUGGUUUUCAGCCCUCUAACUGCUAUGUUCCUCUCAGAUAAAGCACCAUUCCAUUACCCCGGUUUCAGUCUGUUGUGUAUUGCACUUUGCACGGCAAUAGCUUUCAUUCAAAGUCUAAUGAUAAGAGCAGCUCCUCAAAUUCCAGGCAACAUCAUAGCCUAGGCCUAAUUUUGAAAAGCUCUAGUGAGAGCAUAUAUUCUUCCACUAUCUAUUUCAUCUUGCGUGUACAGAGGGUAUCUCACAUUUGAAAAGCCAAAUAUAUAAUGAGAUAUACUGCCAACAUUGCUGCAGUCCAGUAUGAAGAAUCAAGCCAGAAGCCAUCAACAAGGCCUGUACUAUAAGACCUCCGUCCUCCUGUACUAUAAGACCUUGCCAGUUUCUAUGUACAUAUAGUAAGCAUCAUAUAAAAAGCCUCCAAAUUAGCUCAUCUAUGUGUAUCAAGAUAUGAAAUCAAAAGCACCUCAACAAGCACAAUGGCUGAUUUUCAUCCACCCUUGUAUUUACAUAUAUGCAGUCCAUGCACAAGCGUUUUUAACUUUU